GGGAGGGGUGAGGGAGGUAACCUUACACAGAUCUCUUGCUUUUACACAGAAAACACUGAACUGGGGCUGAAACUGAAACAGGGCAACACAAAAAAGUGUGUAGGCUCUUGCUCUCCUUCUUUCUCACAAUUUCCUGUUCAAGGAGGCCAUUUUGUAACUUAGCUGGAGGAAGAGCACAACAAAGUUUUUUUUUGUUUUGCUGUGUGUGUUUGUUUUCUUCCCUCCCGAAGUUUCAUAAUCAACGUUGGACUUUCUCCUCUGCAGAACAACUUGUUCGGACAAGGGAAGGUGAAGUAGGAAAGAAGGUGGUAGUGUCUGUGUGUGUGUGUGUGUUUCAUGAAUCUCUCUCUCACACACACACACGCACACGCUCACGCACACCGCUCAUGCUUGUCAUGCCUCGACAAUAAAAGAAGUUUGACAGCGAGGGAGUCAGAGCGACAGAAGUGACAGUAGAGAGGACAAACUACCACUUCCUGGAUAAGGAUUUCUUCCUUUAUCCACUGUGGGAGUGGGUGGACAGAAGACCCACAGCAACCAGGACUCAACUUAGUGUGUGUUCAUGCUUCAGUGUGUGUGUGUGUGUGUGUUUCUCGUUCUCCCCCACUGACGGAGUUUGAAUGAGCGUGGGCUUCCUGGCAACUCUACACUGCACCUGGGCGUGUGUUUGUUAGUCUGUAUGUUGAGAGCUUCGGGCAGCCGGCACACAGGAGUCUGAAUGGCUAAUGCAAGCCCUUGUAUGCCCUCUGGGCCCAUGCCACAGGUCUUCUUCCCUUCUGCGGGCUCCUCACCACCGUCUUCAAAUAUGAUGCAGCAGGCACCCAUAUCCAUGCCCACGGUGCCCACUCAGGGUGGAUUUCCUGUGAUGGAGCUGGCAGCAGGACAAGCACCUGGUGGGGCUGUGAUACCCUCACUGCCUCCUACUCCAGCUGGGGUUUCCUUCUUCAUCCAGAUUGGCCUGACGAGAGAAUCUGUCCUGAUGCCCCUAAGUGCUGACCUGGCCUAUGUCAAACAAAUCGCCUGCUCCAUUGUUGACACCAAGUUCCCAGAGUGUGGCUUCUAUGGGAUUUAUGACAAGAUUUUACUGUUCAAGCAUGACACGUCCACCAACAACAUCCUGCAACUGGUUAAAGCUGCCAGCGAUAUUCAGGAGGGAGAUCUGGUGGAGGUGGUGCUCUCUGCGGCAGCCACUUCUGAAGAUUUCCAGAUUCGGCCCCAUGCACUCAACGUGCAUUCAUACCGGGCCCCGGCCUUCUGUGAUCACUGUGGGGAGAUGUUGUUCGGACUUGUCAGACAAGGGCUCAAGUGCGACGGAUGUGGACUAAACUACCACAAACGCUGUGCAUUCAGCAUCCCAAACAACUGCAGUGGAGCUCGUAAGCGGCGCCUCUCCACCACGUCCCUGAGCAGCAGCCAGUCCCUGCGUCUCUCCACCACUGAGUCGGUGUACAGCGUAGGGACGACCUCCACCUACUCCAUCGAGGAUGCACCUCUCAUCCGCUCACACACACAAAUGCCACGAACCCCUAGUGAAGCACGGCGCUUCUACACGGGCCGACCUGUUCACCUGGACAAGAUCCUGAUGACGAAGGUGAAAGUGCCCCACACGUUUGCUGUCCACUCGUACACGCGGCCGACCGUGUGCCAGUAUUGCAAGAGGCUGCUUCGAGGGCUGUUUAGGCAGGGCUUACAGUGCAAAGACUGCAAGUUCAACUGCCAUAAACGCUGCGCGUACAAGGUUCCAAAUGACUGCCUUGGGGAGACAAUUGGAGAAAACAGAAGUAACUGUGACAUGUUGAGUCCCAGUACUGACCCUGAAGUGCCCAUGGACUACACCUGUGAGUACGAGAACUCGGACAAGUCUUCAAUGGACGACUCAGAUGAGGCCUGCAGCAUCCCGGGGUCAUUCGCUCCUGAAAACAACCAGGACGGAGCCAGCGGAGAUCAGAGCGUUUACAUCCCAUUGAUGAGGGUGGUGCAGUCAGUGAGACAGACAACCCGCAGAUCCAGUACGGCUAUCAAAGAAGGAUGGAUGGUUCACUACAGCAAUAAGGACACACUGAGAAAGAGGCACUACUGGCGUCUGGACUGUAAGUGCGUCAUCCUUUUCCAGAACAACACCUCCAACAAAUACUACAAGGAAAUCCCUCUGUCUGAGAUACUGGAGGUGCGUCCUGCUGGCAACUUCACCCUCGUCCCAACAGGCACAAACCCCCACUGCUUCGAGCUCAUCACAGGAACCAUGUGCUACUUCGUAGGGGAGGACCCCAACGCCCUUCCCUCUCUGUCCCCCAGCAACCCCGAGACUCUUCCCGAGACCCCUCCUUCUCCAAGCCAAGUGGCGCCCAAUAGCGGUAUUGGACGAGAGGUGGCCAAAGCGUGGGAGAGCGCCAUUCGCCAGGCUCUCAUGCCUGUUAUCUUUCAGGAUGCACCACCAGCAGAGGGCAACACAACUCACAGACAAGCCUCCAUCAGCAUAUCCGUUUCCAACAGUCAAAUCCAAGAGAAUGUGGAUAUUGGCACAGUGUACCAGAUCUUUGCUGAUGAAGUGCUGGGAUCUGGGCAAUUCGGUGUCGUGUAUGGAGGGAAGCACAGGAAGACCGGGAGGGACGUAGCGGUCAAAGUCAUUGACAAGCUUCGCUUUCCCACCAAGCAGGAGAGCCAGUUGAGGAAUGAGGUGGCCAUACUACAGAGUUUACGUCACCUGGGCAUUGUGAACCUGGAGUGCAUGUUUGAGACUCCAGAGAAAGUGUUUGUGGUGAUGGAGAAGCUACAUGGUGACAUGCUGGAGAUGAUCCUCUCCAGUGAGAAAGGCAGACUGCCUGAGAGGCUCACCAAGUUCCUCAUUACACAGAUUCUUGCGGCUCUCAGACACCUGCACUUUAAAAACAUCGUUCACUGUGACCUAAAACCAGAGAAUGUGCUGCUUGCCUCCGCUGAUCCCUUCCCACAGGUGAAGUUGUGCGACUUUGGAUUUGCCCGCAUCAUCGGCGAGAAGUCUUUCCGUCGAUCGGUCGUUGGCACCCCCGCAUACCUGGCCCCGGAGGUUCUGCUGAACCAGGGCUAUAACCGCUCACUGGACAUGUGGUCAGUCGGCGUCAUUAUGUACGUCAGCCUGAGUGGGACAUUCCCCUUUAAUGAGGAUGAAGAUAUCAAAGACCAGAUCCACAAUGCAGCCUUCAUGUACCCACCCAACCCCUGGAAACAGAUCUCUAGUGAUGCAACUGACUUGAUCAACAAUCUGCUUCAAGUUAAGAUGAGGAAACGUUACAGCGUGGACAAGAGUCUCAGCCAUGUUUAUUUACAGGACUAUCAGACGUGGCUCGACCUGCGGGAACUGGAGACUAAACUUGGCGAGCGCUACAUCACCCACGAGAGCGAUGACAGCCGCUGGCAGAUGUUUGCCCACGAACACACUCUGCCGUACCCCGCUCACCUCGUGCCCCCUCCUCCUGCACCGGGCUCUGACGAUGAAGAGCUCGGGGAGGAUGCAGAUGUGCAAGGUCUCACUGAGAGGGUCAGUAUCCUCUGACCACAGAGGCGGACGAGGAAUUAGGACAGAAGGGAGAGGGAGAAUGACAUUGUCAACUUGAAGGAGACGUGAAUUGCAAAGCGUGGUUUGAGCUCAGGAAACGGCUGUCUAGACUUACACGGCACUCUGCACUCCGCAGUCUCAUAGCUAUUAGAUCCUAUCUCUCACCGCUACACUGAGUUCUUCAAAACUUCCCUCCAAUCAUUGCCGUCACUUACUGCUGCUGUGACCAGGCCCCUUUUAUCUUUUAUCUAAAAAGUUGGACUCUUUCAUAUUGAAACCUGCUCAACUCAGUUUCGCGUCGAUCAAAAAGGGCAAAGUCUUUGCAGAUAAAAUUGGAGUUAAGCUUGAAUUCCUCAUUGUUCCACACAAACAUGUUAAGUGACAAACUUAAAAACGUGUUCUUCUCACCACGAAUUGCUUCUUUCAACGUGAAGCAGGAUUUUUGCCACAAGGGAAUAAGAUAAAAAUUUGGUUUAUGUCAUUCUUUGUUUUCUUAAUUGUAUUAUUAUUUUUUUUUUAAACAAACUGGAGUUUAUAUUUUAAAAUGAAACUGCCUCCAAUUAAACUGAAGUAACAUUUGCAUAUUUGUUUCACUCAGUUGGUCUGACUGGACUUGCACUCCCUUUUCAGUGGUUGAGCACUUUAUUGUGACAAAAUACUUCCUCUGUGCUGGUAAUUACUAAAGUGCCGACAUCAAUGGAGUCGAAACCCAUUUGUAUUCACAAAUGCAUUCCCCCUUAAAAUUCACGGCCUGUGGUAAAAACUGAAAGUAUUGAUCUGGCGACAGCGAAUCCACCCUAAUUACCGCUCGAAAUUUGAACCACAAACAAGAAAGUAUACAGCAUGUGAUUAAAGGAGACAUUGUGGGUUUAAAUGAACUUGUUGUUUAUUUUCCCGCAUGACAGCUUGUAACGGUCAUGGAAGAUGCAGCUACUGGCAGCUGAUGUAUUUACAAAGCAUUGGCCUCAGUAGAUGCUCCUGAAAGGUGAAAACCCUGCUCCACUCAACGAUGUAGUAUUUUCCACAUUGUUGUCAGAAAUGAGACUGAGAUGGAUUUUGAAGAGUUAGUGUAGUUCAGUCGUUGGCUCCCGGUUGUCACGGUGGUGUUGCAUGUUUCUAUGAAGUAGAAUCAUUUAGAUACAAUAUGAAACAUACUGUAGUUAUGAUGGUUUAUUAUACACAUGUGUAACCUGAACUUAACGUAGUUGUCAAAUAUGUUUAGACAAGUUGAAGGAUGACCCUAUCCUUUGUAUCAUAUAAUACAAACUUUGAACAAUA